UCUCCUAUCACGAGACCAAAAUCAGCUGAAUCCAAGUGUUCACAUCAGCAGGGGCAUAAACCAUUCCUGAUCUUGGAUCUGAGCUCAAGAUACACCAGGAACACUGAACCCGUCCUAGCCCUGCUCCAGGUAGCGACAGGAACUGGAGAGGAUGGGUGAGAACGAGAACUACUAUACAGGGGGGACCGGAGCUGCUCUUUUCUCUGCUGAAGGACCUCAAAAAGUGAAAACCAAAGCUCAGAAUCUUGGAGAUGAUUAUGUGCCCCCUGUUGGUUUACCCGAGUGGAAACAGCCUAGCUUUGAUGAUGAUGAUAAUGUACACAAUGAGUCUAUUCUCAACAAGGCUCCAACCUCCAAAUUUAUCUUUAUCAAAAACGAGCUCAAAGUUGCCAAAAUCUUCUAUUUCUUCUUCUUCGGAGCCUUCGGUUCACUCUUCCCUAUGAUGUCCAUAUACUUCAAGGGGCUGGGUAUGGAUGCUGCCCAGUGUGGUCUUCUAGUAGGGGUACGCCCUAUCAUCGAAUACCUGGCCACGCCUUUCUGGCACGGGAUGUCUGAUAGGUUCCAGGCAGGUAAGGUUCUACUCCUGAUGUCUGUGGCUAGCUGGGUUCUGUUUACUCUACCAAUAGGAUUUAUACAUCCUCCAGUAGUCUCAUGUAAACAUAACAAUGGCAGCCAUUAUCUUCUCAAGGAUCCAAGCUAUAUGGAGAAAAUAUCUAAGCGUGAUGUAUCCGCUGUAUUGGAAGAUAACAGUAUCUUCGCCCCUGAGCCUGUCUACGCCCUUGAAGGACCUUUAGUGCGUCAGAAAAGAAGCGAUUAUGAUGACGCACAGAAAUGGUCUCCUGGCUACGUGGUCGGGACCAGCCCUCAGAUAAUUCACUUUGAUGAUUACUACAAGAAUACACAGAAAGGACGACAGGAUAAAUAUGGCUCCCAGCGAAUGUUCGGUAGUAUUGGCUGGGGAGUUUGUAUGUUCGUCAUGGGCAUUGUUCUAGAUAAUUCUACAAUAUUUCCAACACACAGAUGUGAGCUGAGCAGAGGGGAGAGGAACUACAAUGUGUGCUAUUACAUGUUCUCAUUCAUGAUGCUCGUCGCCUUCCUGGUAGCUACACAGAUUCCUUUCAGGUACACUGGGAGUAAACCUGAUGAUAUUGCGAUGCAGAAUGUGAACACUAACUAUGACAAUUCUAAGAAGGCCCCGAACAAGACCAGCGAAGAGAAGCUAAAGGACCAGGCAAAGAAGAUCAAAUACUUCGCAAAGGAGCUCCAGACAAUGCCGGAGUUCGCAGCAGUCUUUAAGGCGUUUUCCAACAUCCGGUUGAUGUUGUUUAUGUUGGUCGCCUGGGUAAUGGGUAUAGGAAUUGGACUCAUUUUCACAUUUCUCUUCUGGCAUCUUCAGGACUACGGCGGUCAUCCUACCAUAUUUGGUAUUGCCAGUGUUAUCAAUCAUUUAAGUGAGAUGGGGGCAUACUUUUACAGUUUCAAGAUAAUCUCUCAGUAUGGACAUGUGAAGGUUUUGAUAGCUGGCCUAGCGGGAAAUGUUGUAAGAUUCCUGUAUAUCUACUGGAUCUCUGAACCCUGGCUAGUUCUACCUUUUGAGUUCAUUCAGGGUAUUACCCAUGCUGCUGUCUGGGCUGCUUGCUGCUCCUUCAUCGCUCAUAAUACUGAUGAAGCUCUUAGACCUUCAGCACAAGGAGUUCUUCAGGGAAUCCAUCAUGGAUUUGGUAGAUUCUGUGGAGCUGUAUUUGGAGGAAUGCUUAUCAAAAAUUACGGAACCGGGCUGAUCUUUCUAUCCUACGCUCUGGUCUGCGCCGUGGUCCUGGUCAUCUUCCUUAUCUUUAACUUCUACAAUAUAUCCGAGGGCAAGUUCUCCACCGAGCUGGGGGAGGAUGUUGAUCCUAGGAAUGUAAUGAAAGGAGACUACCUAGAACCUCACGGUAUUCCUUUGUCUGGAUAUAAACUGAAAAGCCGACGAAACUCUGAAACUGAACCAAUGAAUCAAGCAGCACCAGAGCAGCAGGAGAACUUAAACCCGUUCCUAGACGCAUCACAACAGCAGUACAGUACAACAGGAGCAGCGGCGGGUGAUGGGACUGAUGGACAGUACUACGGACGAGGAUAUUCACAAGCUCAGAGUGGAUAUUCCUCCUCAGGACUUGGAUACUAGAUUAUAUUCCUCCUUAGGACUUGGAUACUAGAUCAUAUUCCUCCUCAGGACUUGGAUACUAGAUCAUCCUCCUCCUCAGGAGUCAGGACUUAGAUACUUGACUAUACUCGUCCUCAGGACUUGGAUAGUAGAUUAUAUUCCUCCUCAGGAUUUGGAUACUAGAUCAUAUUCGUUCUCAGGACUUGGAUACUAGAUCAUAUUCGUUCUCAGGACUUGGAUACUAGAUCAUAUUCGUUCUCAGGACUUGGAUACUAAACAGUACUCGUCCCCAGGACUAGGAUAUUCAAAACUGUACAACUUUCCAAGUUCCAUUAAAAAACUGCAGAAUAAGAAAAUCCGGGAAACAACGAAAACUUGAAAUUUUAAAUCUAUCAAUGAUAUUUCUGUAUUAUUGAUGAUAAGGAAAUAAGAACCAGUUUUCAGAAGAAUAAUUAUGUAUUUCAUAUAUGCUGUUGUGUUUAAGUAGCGUUGAAUUAAGUACAAUAUUUUUAGCUAAUACGAAUGUGAAAGAAAGACAAAUUUCAAUGGAAUAAUUCCACUAAAGCUUGCAAUAACUCCUUUCUAACUCUGAAAAAUCAAACUUCCUUUUUUGUCAACAUUUUGUGGGAAAAAAAACUUAGGAAAGUUAUUUGUUUAUUUAUAUCAUAUCAUUUUUUAACUCAUAUCUGAUAUUUUAUAAUUGUUCCAGUUAGAAUAUUGUUCAGACGACGAGGGAAAACAAAACGUUAAUAAUUCAUUAAAUAAAUAAUAAUUAUAUUUGUCAAUACUUAAAAAUACUAAAUAUUUCUUUCCUCCUCUUUGCUAUCUUCCAUAAAAAGUUUGACCGCGUAUGUCCUGAAUAAAAAUUAAUUUUAGGGUCUGAUAAAGAGAGCGUAGAAGACGAUCUUUAAAUUUGUGUUGUUACAAACUUGAAUGCAUGAAAAUAAGUAAAUAUUCUGGUGUUCGUAAACAAGUAAAAAAAUCAAUAUUGUUGAAUCUUGAUGUCGUCUUUAUGCCUUUAAGAAAGAGAAUAAACAUUGUUUAACGGA